UUCCGCUGCUCUUUUCUUUCCGUAGUCCGCGUUCCCGCCUCGGACCUCUGCGCCCCGGCGCGCUUCGUCCCGACCUCAGGCUUCCCUACGCGCUCCGGCGCAGCCCGCGGCCCCUCUCCCGCUUCCCUCAGUCCGCCCCGCGCUCCCUUCCUUGCUCCCGGUUGACUCACUCCUCCAGGAAUAGGGAUCCCCGUGUUUUCCCGUCAGUCCCAUUCUGGGAAAACUCCUCCCUCCGCGCGCUCCGCUCCGCUGGGCGCACCGGGGCCGGUCGGCGCUGGGUGGGCUUGGCCCAGCGGCCCCGCCUUCCCUGCGCCGCCCGUCGGCCCCGGCCCGACCCCGGCUCUGCGCGCUGACGCCCUGCCGUCCCCACACAGCGAUCGCCGCUGCCGGAAGAGUUGGUGCUCGGGGCGGACUCCUGGGAACUGGCUUAGCGCACCCACCCCACCUUCCCGCACCCUGGGACCGGUCCAACGGGUGCUCCUCCAAGCGGAGCCUUGGAGGGCAAGGCCGGCACCAUUACCUCCAACGAGUGGAGCUCUCCCAACUCCCCCGAGGGGAGCAACGUCUCUGGGGGCAGUCAGGCACUGGACAAGCCCAUCGACAAUGAUGCAGAGGGCGUGUGGAGCCCAGACAUCGAGCAGAGUUUCCAGGAGGCCCUGGCCAUCUACCCGCCCUGCGGCCGGCGCAAAAUCAUCCUGUCGGAUGAGGGCAAGAUGUACGGUCGGAACGAGCUGAUUGCCCGCUACAUCAAGCUCCGGACAGGGAAGACCCGCACCAGGAAGCAGGUCUCCAGCCACAUCCAGGUGCUGGCUCGUCGCAAAGCUCGCGAGAUCCAGGCCAAGCUAAAGGACCAGGCAGCUAAGGACAAGGCCCUGCAGAGCAUGGCUGCCAUGUCGUCUGCACAGAUCAUCUCCGCCACGGCCUUCCACAGUAGCAUGGCCCUCGCCCGGGGCCCCGGCCGCCCAGCAGUCUCAGGGUUUUGGCAAGGAGCUUUGCCAGGCCAAGCCGGAACGUCCCAUGAUGUGAAGCCUUUCUCUCAACAAACCUAUGCUGUCCAGCCUCCGCUGCCUCUGCCAGGGUUUGAGUCUCCUGCAGGGCCUGCCCCGUCGCCCUCUGCACCCCCGGCACCCCCGUGGCAGGGCCGCAGCGUGGCCAGCUCCAAACUCUGGAUGUUGGAGUUCUCUGCCUUCCUAGAGCAGCAGCAAGACCCGGACACGUACAACAAGCACCUGUUUGUGCACAUCGGCCAGUCCAGCCCAAGCUAUAGUGACCCCUACCUCGAAGCCGUAGACAUCCGCCAGAUCUAUGACAAAUUCCCUGAGAAGAAGGGUGGACUCAAGGAGCUCUUCGAACGGGGACCCUCCAAUGCCUUUUUUCUUGUGAAGUUCUGGGCAGACCUCAACACCAACAUCGAGGAUGAAGGCAGCUCCUUUUACGGGGUCUCCAGCCAGUAUGAAAGCCCCGAGAACAUGAUUAUCACCUGCUCCACCAAGGUCUGCUCUUUCGGCAAGCAGGUGGUGGAGAAGGUUGAGACAGAGUACGCUCGCUACGAGAAUGGACACUACUCAUACCGCAUCCACCGCUCCCCGCUCUGCGAGUACAUGAUCAACUUCAUCCACAAGCUGAAGCACCUGCCCGAGAAGUACAUGAUGAACAGCGUGCUGGAGAACUUCACCAUCCUGCAGGUGGUCACCAACAGAGACACACAGGAGACCUUGCUAUGCAUUGCCUAUGUCUUUGAGGUGUCAGCCAGCGAGCACGGGGCUCAGCACCAUAUCUACAGGCUGGUGAAAGAAUGAGAGACUUGGGGAGCAGGGAGGGGGGAAGAGACAUGUGUGCAGGAAAUGGGGACGUGGGGAGGGGACCUGCGGGGCAGCCCCCCGAAGUGCCAAGAGUGCUGAGAGGAGCAGCUGUGACUCUACCCAGGAACAAACUGUGCCUGAACCUGCAGUGCCCAGCCCCAAAUAAACCCAAGAUGCUCUGUGUUUUCAGA